GUGAGAGCUCAGCACGGACGCUCUUGUGGACGUUGUGCCAGUCUAACGUAGCAAGGGUUGGCACUGUUGAGGGUCACGUGAAGAGUGCCAGUGUGUGGUGGUGGUGGCAGCCUGGAGACACCUGCCACAGGUGUUGUCAGAAAUGUUAUUGGCACUAUGCAUAAACAUAGUGGUGUCGGUAGUGGGCGCCGGUGCUGUGGUUCGAACUAUCCCUGCAGUCUCCGAAAUGUUCAUUAAUGCAGGGCUAUUUGGACGGGACCUCUGCAAACGAGACCGCACUACAAAAGUGCCAGAAUCAAUGGGAAUGGUGAGUGGGUCGGUGUUUCUCAUCAUCAUGUUUUUGUUCCUGGGUGUUCCUUUUGGCCAACACUUCAUACACCCAAGCAGCCCUUUUCCGCAUGCUGCAUUUUCUGAGUAUCUCACGUCUCUCCUCUCCAUAUGCUGUAUGCUCUUCUUGGGAUUUGCAGAUGAUGUUCUGACUUUAAAGUGGAGAUACAAGUUGGUACUUCCCACUCUUGCUUCACUGCCUUUGUUAAUGGUAUACUACAUCAACAUGGGUUCGACAACGGUCGUUGUUCCCAAGCUUCUUCGACAGUGGAUUGGUCUGACACUUAACAUAGGCCCUUUGUACUAUUUGUACAUGUCAAUGCUGGCAGUGUUUUGCACUAAUGCCAUCAACAUAUAUGCUGGCAUCAACGGCCUGGAGUGUGGACAGGCCGUAGUUAUCGGAGCUUCAGUAGCGGUGUUCAACGUGGUGGAGCUGGGUGGCUACCAGAGUGAAUCUCAUUAUUUUUCUUUGUGUAUUAUCAUCCCCUUCACUGCAUCAUCGCUGGGCUUGUUCUAUUACAAUCGGUAUCCAUCAAGAGCAUUUGUAGGAGACACAUUCACCUAUUUUGCUGGGAUGACGUUUGCAGUGGUGGCCAUAAUUGGCCACUUUAGCAAGACUGUUCUCUUGUUUUUCCUGCCUCAGAUUUUCAACUUUGUGUAUUCUGUUCCUCAACUGUUCCACUUUGUGCCAUGUCCAAGACAUCGUUUACCUAAGUAUAAUGAGAAGAUGGACAAAUUGGAACCCAGUGUUGCAGAGUUUAAAGCUAAAGAUAUCAGACAACCUCUGUUUGUUGCCCUUCGGUUGCUGACGCGUCUGGGCCUUGUAAACCUUGAAGAAGGGUUAGGGGAAGAUGGGAAGAUGUGUCGAGUAAAUAAUCUUACUCUAAUCAAUCUUGCUUUACUUAAACUUGGUCCUCAGCAUGAAGCCAGCCUUACCAACAAAUUACUAAUUUUACAGGUGGUAUGUACUGCUCUUGCAUUCUUCAUCCGCUAUCCAUUAGCGGAUAUGUUUUUUUAAAAUGUUAAGUGCAUAUAUGCAUCAUUCUGUGUGUGUGUGUGUGUAUAUGUGUGUGUGUACACUAUGUUCAAAGAACUAUGUUAAUUUUUUUAUAGUACAGUAAUAUGCACUGAUUUUGGAAAAAAAUCUGAUAUUCAAACUAAAGCUGUACUACCAUAAAUAUAUGACUUCAAUACUGCUGCAUCAUACCACAGUUGACUCCACCAUCCCAUUGGGGUAAUGUUUUUAUUUUAAAGCUAAAAAUUUUCACAAUUAUGUAUUUGAGAGAGACAGACAUAGACCAAUGGAUGGAGGGGAUAGAUUCAUGGAUAAAUUGAUACUGUAUAUGGAUAUAGAUGAGUAGCUAAAAGAUAAAUAGAUGGAUGGGGGAAAUGGAGAGAGAUGGAUUUAUGUUAGAUAUAGAUGAGCACAUGACAGACAGACCCGGGCAAUGCCUUGUGUGUAUAUAUAGUGACCAAAUUGCAGAAUUGGGUUGUCUCGUUUGUUUUCAUUAAUCCAAUCCAAAUAGUUCUUUUUCUGUUACAUUAUUACAGGCAUUAUUAUUAUUAUUAUUAUUAUUAUUAUUAUUUUAAAGAAUUGUAUGAGUAUAUGAAAUUUGUAUGGAUUAAUAUUUUUCACUGAAAAGUACAAUUUGGACUGCUAGGUUGUAUUUUUGUUGGGUGUAAUGACUUCUUGGAGGAAGCUUAAACAAACUACUGUUGAGAAUUUUAAAGCACUGUUUUGUACAAUUAUUGAAGUAAAUUUUUACUCAACUUGC